AUGUGGCAGCAGCAGCAGGAGUGUGUGGAGCACCUCGUGGCCAAGUGCAUCGCGUUGGGCCUCACGAUGAGGCGGUCGUCGCAAGAUGUGACACACCCCGCCGUGACGCUACAGCCGAUGAUAAUGCGGCGCGACGAAUUUGACGCGCUCUGCGAGCAGCAGCUGCUGUGGAAUGAAGCAGUGGACAACACAGCGAGAAAUUUCACGUUCCUGUAUGACGCACUGCGCGAGACAGCGGCGAGCGACACCGAAUUCACUGGGCGGCUCGUGGAGAUGCUCCAGACUGUGUACCUUGGUGACUCCCCGUACCAGUCACUCAUGCUUGGUAUAUUCCGCACGGACUACAUGCGCAGCGGAGCAGAAGCAAAAGACACCUCGGACGCGGAGGCUUGGAAGAAUGUGGAGAUUAACACUAUCAGCUGCUCCUUUGCGGGGCUCGCACCCCUCGUCAAUGAUUUUCACCGUCACCUUGAGGCCUAUUCGCGGGCGAUGCAGAACCCUGAGGCGAGCAGUAGUACAAAAGAUGCCGCCAAUCAAGCUGGCGUGUUGGAGCGGAGCAAAUCAGCGAAGGUUGUACCAGAGGCACUUGCGGCUGCCGUGGUGGCGUGGACGCAGCAGCAGCAGUUCGACGAACUCCGUGAAACGUAUGCAAGGCAGCAGCAGCAGCAAUUGCUGCAACCUAUUGUGCUUGUCAUUGUUCAGGAGAACGAGCGCAACACAGGCGAUCAGUAUGCGCUUCUGUUCGAGCUGCUGGAGACGCAUGGCAUCCUCGCACUGCGGCGCACGUUGCAGGAGCUGCACACAUGCAUGCAACUGCACCCUGUGCCGAACGGGGCGCCGCUUGCCGUUGUGGACAAGAGCUACCCUGUUGCGGUCGCAUAUUUCCGCAGCACAUACGUGCCGGCCGACUUCCCAACUGAGGAGGCGUGGGCCGCACGACUGCAAGUGGAGCGCAGCAGCGCUGUCAAGUGUCCCAGUGUGCCGUACCACCUCCUCACCUUCAAGAAGCUGCAGCAGCUCUUCUGCGAUGUGGAUAACAUCCUCGCUCCUGUUGCGUUCCGAGGUGACACGGCGAAGGCGCGGCUGCUGCAACGCCACUUCAUGCCUCAGUACGCCCUCAACCCGGCAGAGGUGGGCGAGGCGACGGUGGCACGCGUCAUUGAGGACGCGCUGCAGAAUCCACAGCGCUACGUCCUGAAGCCGCAGCUGGAGGGUGGCAGCAACCUCCUCUCCGGUGCAGCGAUGGUGGCGGCGCUGCAGAUUACAGAGGCCGAAGACCCCGUCGCGUACAGCAGAAUACGCCGCGAGUAUAUUUUGAUGUCCCGCAUCGACUUCCAAGUGCGCUCUGGUGCCUUCCUUGUGCACGGUAAGGUAGUGCAGCUGAAGCACAAUUUGUGCUCGGAGCUUGGCAUCUAUGGCGUCAUACUCAGCGAUGGCAAAAGCAGCAGUAGCAACACGCUGCGGAACGCGUGUGCAGGCUACACUGUACGCUCGAAGCCGGCGGACGUGGACGACGGCGGCGUCAUGGCGGGGGG